AUGGAAGAUAUUGAACAAGGUCAUUUGACUAAUUUAUAUGCUGUUAAAUCAGGAGGUGAUGGUUUAAUAUCACUUGCUAAGUCUCUUCAAAUUCGAUCUAGUCGACCAUUAAAUUCUCAUUCACAUAAUGAACCUCGUGUUCGUCUUUAUCUAGAGAAUCAACAUACAGUAGAAGAAAUUGCUCAAAAUAUUCCUAAAGAACUUGAAAUUAAUAAUCAACCUUCAACACAUGAUGAAUAUCGUCAUAAUAUCAAUCGUUGA